GAGAAGAGCUCCGGUGGCAACAACAGACUUCAGAAAACACAGCCCGUGCGAUCAAUACACCUUCUCCAGAAACAUUGUGAGGGUGAGAAAGCGGCACAAGGAAGAAGAAGAAAAGGGUGAAGAUUUAUAGGCGCGGAGCUAGUUCUUAAACUGGGAGGGAACCACUGGGGUCUGCCUAGAACGUCAAACCGUGCUGGUUCUCCAUUUGUGUGGUAGACAGGAGGCAUAUCAACACUGGGACUUCAGUGCUGAUCAGAGGUCUGCAGUACUCGAGGAGUUGAUGAUCUCGCGCUAGCGCCUCAACCGUGAUGUGGGGGUGCACGAUGGCGUUACAAGGCUUAAUAGUGAGCCUGGCUCUUCUGUUCUUUGGGGUUCAAGCUGUUCCUAACCCUACCAGCAAACUAGUGAGGACCACGAGAGUGAGGCGACAGGCUCCAGACGACGGGAGUCUCCCUAGCAACCAGACCCAGCCCAUGAUCUUCAAUCACGUGUACAACAUUAACGUACCUCUAGAGUCACUAUGCUCCGUAGACCUUGAUGCGAUAGCCAGCCCCGAAAGCAAAGGUACCGACGGGGGUGACAAAAUGCCAACGGAGUACACAGAGGACACAGUGGACUCGGAAAGCCAGGUCACUUUUACUCACCGCAUCAAUAUCCCCAAGCAAGCCUGCGGUUGUCCCGCGACCACCGUCUUUCAACAGUUGGCCAACCGUAUAGAGAUGCUGGAGAGGGAGGUGUCGAUGCUUCGGGUGCAGUGUAGUUCCAGCUGCUGUGGUGAGAGCUCUGUCAUGGGUCGCUUGGAUUAUGUCCCUCAAUGCGGGGGUCACGGCACCUUCAGCAUGGAGAUCUGUGGAUGUGUGUGUGAAGAAGGCUGGACAGGCAAGAACUGCUCAGAACCCCGCUGUCCAGACGACUGCUCCGGACAGGGCAUCUGCAUCGAAGGCGAGUGCGUGUGUGACCGUAACUUCGGCGGUGAGAACUGUUCAGAACCCAGAUGUCCGAGCGACUGCUCCGAUAGGGGGUUGUGCAUCGACGGCGAGUGUGUUUGUGAAGAAGCCUAUGCCGGCGAGGACUGCUCGCAAAGCAGGUGUUUGAACGACUGCUCCGAUCAGGGAACCUGCGUGAACGGAACCUGCCAGUGCCGUCCGGGUUUUCUGGGGGAGGACUGUUCGCUCAUCUUCUGUGCCAAUAACUGCAGCCAGAGAGGGGUGUGCAAGGACGGGUUCUGUUCCUGUCAGGAGGGAUACACUGGAGAUGACUGCGCUUCAGUGAUACCUCCUAUGAAUCUGCGAGUUCGAGGGGUGUCAGAGAACACGGUUGAUCUGGAGUGGGAGGGGUCUAUGAUCCUCACCGACUUUCUCAUCACUUAUGCCCCCACAACCCCUGGUGGAGUCCAACUAGAGAUCAGAGUCCCCGGAAAAGUUACCAACACCACCAUUAAAGGCUUGGAGCCGGGCCUGGAGUACAACAUCAACGUGUACGCUGUCAUCGACAACAUCAUCAGCGCCCCUAUGAACACCAUAGUCUCCACCUAUCUCUCGAAUCCAGACGGUUUACUCUUCAAAUCCAUCACCGAGACAUCCGUGGAGGUUCAGUGGCAACCCUUAGACUACUUGUUUGAUGGUUGGGAAAUAAGCUUCAUUCCCAAGGACAACGAUGGAGGGAUGACAGCACAGUUACCCAGCACCAUCACAUCCUUCCACCAAACAGGACUGAAGCCUGGGGAGGAAUACACCAUCAACCUGGUGGCAUUGAAAGACCAGGGCAGGAGCCAGCCUGUAACUGCAACUGUUGUCACAGUAAUCGAUGGGCCAACUCAGCUUAUCGUACGAGAUGUCUCGGACACAGUGGCAUUCGUGGAGUGGACCACACCCAAAGCUAAAGUGGACCAGAUCAUAUUGCGGUACGGGCUGGUGGGUGUAGAAGGACCGAAAACGACCUUUCGCUUGCAGCCGACACUAAGCCAGUACUCACUUCAAGUCCUGAGGCCUGGAUCCAUGUAUGAAGUAUCGAUUAGUGGACUCCAGAAUGGCAAUGAAAGUGGAGCCAUUUUCACGACGUUUACUACAGAAAUUGAUGCACCCAAGAACUUGCGAGUGCUGUCGAAAACAUCUACUAGCCUAGAGUUGGAAUGGGACAAUAGUGAAGCGGAUGUAGAAAGCUACAGGGUGGUGUUCAGCACAUUAGCCGGAGACCAGUACGACAAACUCAUCGUCCCACGCAAUGAUGGUGCCACCACAAAGACUACCCUCACUGAUUUACUGCCUGGCACAGAGUAUGGCAUUGGAAUUUCAGCUGUUCUUGGUGCCAACCAAAGCACACCAGCAACAAUGAAUGCGAGAACAGGUCUAGACAUCCCUCUGGAUUUGACGGUCACAGCCUCCACAGACAACACCAUCACCCUGAUGUGGGGCACGGUUCAGGGACCUAUCGACCACUAUAGGGUAACUUACACCUCCUCCGCUGGAGUCACGACCGAGCUCACGGUGCCCAAGGACAUCACCAGCACAACGCUGACAGGUCUGGAGCCGGGCACAGAAUACACUAUUACUGUAGCCGCACAGAGGGGCAGACAGCAGAGCACAGCCGCCACAAUUGAUGCCUUUACAGGGUUCCGUCCUAUCACACAGCUUUAUUUCUCUGAUGUCACAUCUGAUUCAUUGAGCGUGGCUUGGAGUGCACCAGCCCCGCCCGCUGACGCAUUCAUCUUGAACUACAGCGCCCAGGACUCUAGUGAUGAUUCUGAGAUUGCUUUAGACGGGUCCAAAACAAGAAUCACCCUGACUGGUCUUCUGCCCUCCAAGCGGUAUGCCGUUUCCUUGGUUACCAUGCACGGCAAUGUGACCUCGAAACCAGUCGUAGGCCUAGUCACAACAGGAAUGGAUCCUCCGAGAGACAUCACUGUGCUGUACGUGACGGAAGAGUCUGCGACCAUAUCAUGGUUUCAACCACUCGCACCCUUUGAUUACUACAAAAUGGCUUACCAGUCACCUAAAGGUAGAGUAGACAAUGUCGUGAUCGACAAUGAUAUCACCAACUUCACCCUGACCAAUCUUCAUGCCGCCACCGAGUAUGAGAUCAAGCUGAAUGCCGUAAGAGGAAGCCAAGAAAGCAAGAUCAUCACCACGACUGUCUUCACAGCUAUGGACAUGCCUGUGGAGCUCACCGCAUUAAAUGUCACACCUCAAGGGGCUCUGCUGCGCUGGAAUCCUCCUGUCGCCAGUGUUGAUAACUACGUGCUCACCCUCACCAGGAACCAAGUUACUGCCGACACAUUUCUGGUGGAGGGUAACAAGCAGGAGUAUCAGUUGAGUCGGCUCAUCCCCAGCACCACAUACUCAGUGGCCCUCUACGCCACCAAAGGUCCUCUCACCAGCGGCACCGUCAUCGCCAACUUUGUCACACCCAUGGAUGCCCCCCAGAACCUAACAGCGAGUGAGGUCAACCAUCGAAGCGCUCUCAUAUCCUGGCAGCCGCCCAUCGCCGACAUCGAUAACUACAUGCUGACAUACAAAGCAGCAGACGGAAGUCGAAAGGAGCUGAUCUUAGAUGCCGAGGACACGUGGAUUCGCCUUGAGGGUCUGGCAGAGACCACCGAAUAUACUGUGAGACUGCAAGCCGCCAGAGGAUUAGAGACCAGCGCUAUCGUAUCUACCACUUUCACAACAGGAAACCGACUGUUUCCCACGCCACAGAACUGUGCUCAGCACCUGCUGAACGGAGAGACCCUGAGCGGAGUCUACACCAUCUACAUCAACAGAGACCUCAGUCAGGGUGUGCAGGUUUACUGCGACAUGACCACCGACGAAGGAGGCUGGAUCGUGUUCCAGCGACGACAGAACGGGUUGACUGAUUUCUCCAGGAAGUGGAGUGACUACAAGAUUGGCUUUGGCAACCUGGAGGACGAGUUCUGGCUGGGUUUGGACAACAUUCAGAAGAUCUCCGCUCAAGGUCGAUACGAGCUCCGCAUCGAUAUGAAAGAUGGGCAGGAGUCGGUGUACGCCAACUACGACAGGUUUUCCAUCGGAGACUCCAAGAGCCUGUACAAACUGAGGAUAGGAGAAUACAAUGGCACGGCAGGUGACUCUCUGAGCUAUCAUCAGAGCAGACCGUUCUCUACCAAGGAUAAGGACAAUGACAUUGCCGUCACCAACUGUGCUCUGUCCUACAAGGGAGCCUGGUGGUAUAAAAACUGUCAUCGGGCUAAUCUUAAUGGCAAAUACGGAGAGUCCAGACAUAGUCAGGGUAUUAACUGGUAUCACUGGAAAGGCCACGAGUUUUCUAUCCCAAUCGUGGAGAUGAAAAUGAGACCUUUCAACUACCGCAGCAUCAGCGGGAAGCGGAGGAGAUCCACCAGUUAAUCCACCGUCCUGCUCGCUCUUACUGUUUUUAAACGCUGUGUGUAGGACGACGCCACGAGUUCUGUAACUUAUUUCAAUUUUUAAAUGACCAAAUCCCUUUGACGAAUGCCUGAUGUGAAUUGUAAACCCUGAGGUUCGUUGAUUUUCUUUUGUGCAAUGCUGUUUGGUUAGAUUUCGGGUGAAGGUUGCGAAAGAUAACACUUUGCCUAAAGCAUUUAUGUAUAUUGCAUCACAAAAGUAGUUUUAAUGCCUUUUAAUGCACCUUUUAAUGCAUUGUUAUGUCUCAUAAUUGUUAAUUCAUUAUGAUGCUUAUCAAUUUAUUGUUCCACUACACAUUUUUUAUUUGGUUAUAAUUCUUCAACAUACAGUAUACCGUUUAUGAACACACAUUAUGAACUAUGAAUUAUAAUGCAUUGUUCCCUUUAAUAACCCUUUAUAAUGCUUUAUACAUAAAGGUUUUGAGUAAAGUGUCGCUGGAUAUUUAAAUAUAGUAUAACUCGGAAAGAACCUUAUUAUUAUGUGAAGAGAUCAUUUCCUCCCUUUGAAAUAAAACAUUUUAGAAAAAAAGGCCGGCCAUUAAAAUAUAAGAUGCUUCUAUUUUUAUAAAUAUAAAAUACCUUUAAAAAGUAGCUCGAUGGUUUUUGGUCGACCAUGUUUUGUUUACAGGUGUGUUUCAUCUUACUUAUUUCUUAUUUCAAUUUGCUCGUACUGCACCCUGAGGCCAACAUGGUUUGAUUUGCUGCAUUUUCAUCUCAUAAUUUAAUCACGCUUACAUUUGUCCAUAUGUAGCGUCAAAGCAUCACGGGAGACAAAAUUCCCACACAGUAUACUAUUAAAAUGUUAAAUUCCGUAAUGGGUUUUUAUUGAGGGGAAAAAGACAGAAGGCCAAGUAACUCGACUUUAUUAAAACCUCAGAAACCAAAGAUUUCUAAAAGAUCUGAGGUUCAAAACGAUGAUGAAGCUGAAACAGGACAUCGUUUUGGAUUAUAAAGAUUUUAUUUUCAUCAUUUCUAGAUGGAAUGAAUUUGUAUUAUGGUCAGUGGAAAACUAGAGGAUGCAGGUGGGAGUAAACACCAAGCAACGAUUUCAAAUACCGCUUUUCAAUCCGAUCAUGUGCAGAAUUUAAAUCUUUUCUGUCUUUUUUUGAGCUGGAAAUUGUACCAGUCUUCUCUUUUAAGGCCGGUUAGUAUUACAUUCAUCCAUUACACACGUUUACAUCAUCCCACUUUUUAAUGGCGGUGGGUCAGUCUGAUAGACUCUCAUUUAAACAUCCGCAGUGAUUUUAUACGUCCAGUGUUGUGUACAUAUGGAAAACUCGUAGGAGAAUUCUCGAAGUCAUUGCGAGGGUUGAAAAUGAUCUCAUUCCUGUAGACUUGAAAGAACAAAAGCGUUUGUGUCUUAGUAAACUCUCUAGGUUACAAACAAUUCAUAGCUGAGUAGAAGAGAAUUGCAGUUUGUGUUUUGUCGCUGCAGACCUACUGUAGAUUGACAUGAGAGACAUGUUCACUUGAAGGGCUCAUUUCCGUUCCUGUGACAUACAACAGCUUUUAAAGGGUUUAGCACUUACGCCAACACAAAAAGCAAUUCAACUCUAAGUGAAAGUUACUUUUUUUGUACCUGACAAGAAUAUAAUUUCAGGUUAACAUCACUUUAUUGCAUUUUGUGCAGUGUUUAAAAGGUUUGUGAAGGAGUUUCAGUACGACCAUGUCAUGUUUUUCUUAACCUUUAAUUCCAGUUUACUUUUUUCAUUUCGAUGUACAACUAAUAGUUUCAGUGAAGACUGUUUACUGUAUUGUUUUAACCACUGUGAAAUGUUAGUAUUGAAUUUCACUAUAACAUCAAUACAGAGAUACAGAAUUAUGACAUUUUUCAUUUUUACAUUUUUCUUUUUAUGUUCACCUCAGAAAAGAAGUUCCUAGUGCACUGUUUACUUGUUUUAUAGUGGUUCGCAGUAUCUAUUUCCUCUGUCCGUUAUUGACAAACCAGUGUGAGUGGGAAACCAUAUAUAACCGUAGAUAUUCUUCAGUAUCUCAGCUUUUUUCUUAAAGGAACAGUUCUCAGAAAAAUGACAAUUCUGUCAUCAUUUACUCACUCUCAAUUUGUUUCAAACCGGUACGCAUUUCUUUCUCCUGAUGAACACGGAGAAAGAUAUUUGAAAGAAUGUUGGCCAUUGACAGUUCUGGGGCACCAUUGACCACCAUUGUAGGAACAAUUACAAUGGUAGUCAAUGGUGCCCCAGAACGUUUUGCUUUCCUAAAUUUCUCAAAAUUUCUUCUUUUGUGUUUAAAAAUGGUAAAAAAAAUAUUUUCAAGUAUUUCUGUUUGUGUCCAUCAGAACAACGAUACGUGUACGGGUUUGGAACCACUAGAGGGUGAUUCAUGACAGAAUUGUCAUUUUUGGGUGAACUAUCCCUUUAAGAUUUGUGUUCAUAGUCACAGAUCUCCUUAUUUUUGAGCGACGGCACUGUGAUUUCUCUUUUCUUCCCUUUGCUUUAAUUUUCUUUCUUCACUAUUUAAGGGGAACGAUUAGACUACAGUAGCUGCUGGGAUGGGAAUUGGAAACCAAGUACAUUCUUAAUCAGCUCGAAAUGGUUGCGGUUAACAUUGAGAAACACUUACAUUUUGCCUGCACCAGAAGGCAACGUUUUCCCAGUUGUUCCUCUUUGGAGAACAUGAGCGAGGAAGUACGUUAUUAUUUAUUUUGUUUCGUUUAGCAGAUGAACGGUUUGAGGCUUCACACUAUUUAUUAUCUGAAAGAGGAACAGAGAUUGCAUGUCGUGUAGUAUUUGGGACAGUUUCUCAACAGAUACACAAAGGCAGAUUUUCCUUCAUUAUUCAUCGACUCGGCAUAUGGCAGAGAAAACGCUUUGAGUUCUCGAUAUGCCUGCCCUUCACUUAACCGCUUAUGGUUGAACAUUUACCGUGGUGACACUUCACGAGAAGCAUUUGAGUCUCUGACUCCGUUACACUGGUUAUUUGAUUUUACCCUGAUAUUGUAAAAAGUCCCUUGCGUUUUUUACUUGUAAGGAUGUAAUGGAGCAGUAAAGUUGUUUGACUGCUCAUCCUUUAUCUCUACGGCUCUUGGAAAAAUGUGUUUAGCAUGAACACAAAUGAAGCAGGUACAGUAAAGUGUGCAAAAGGACGUUCUCUGAAACAUUUCUCCCUAACCUCGCUGACCACAUUCUGCCAAAUAACCUUGGAUAUCAAUGUAACAGAUCCAGUUAGCUCUAGUUUAACUUAAAAUGUGCUGUAUAGUUCCUUUUUUAAUACAUUUUCUACACAUUAAUAAAACA